GUCGAAAACAACCAAAUAUAUUUAAUAUAUAUACAAUAUAUAUAUAUAUCUACAACUCGUCACCUUUUUGAACCUUUCGCCCCUUUCUUCCAAAGGUUGAGCAACAACGAGACAGAUUGUGAAAGGCGUCAUGGCGUCCAAAGUCAAGGCGCUCGUCAAGAACGCGCCCAACGAGCCCUUGAUCACGGGCGCUCUCCUGUACGUUCUCACCAAGGGUCCGGCGAGCAUCAGGGCGAGGCUUCUCGCCCCGUUCGACAGGUUCCUGCGCACGCCGUCGGGCGCCGCGCGACUGGCUUCGUUCGUCACCGCGCUCAAGGUGCUGACGGCGAUUGGUGUGCUGAAGAAGGUCAGCGCAGCCUUGGAUGCCCUUGCGUGGAACAACUGGUCGCUGCGGCGGCGGGGAGCGCCGUUCAAGUUUGGGCCUCUGAAGGAGGAGCUCGUCGUCAUCACGGGCGGCAGCUCCGGGUUCGGUUACGAGAUGGUAAAGGGCUUCUCCAAGUGCGCGAGGGUCGUCGUGCUCGACGUGCAGGACUUCCCGCCGGAGCUGGCAAGAUUGCCGGAUGUUCACUUUUACAAAUGCGACGUGACGGACACGCCUGCGGUCGAGGCGCUGUGCAAGGCGAUCAAGGAGGAGCACGGCGAGGCGACCGUGCUGGUCAACAACGCUGGGAUUGGCAUCGGCAAGACGGUGCUCGAGACCACGAAUGCCGAGAGUGAGAGACUGUUCAAGGUCAACCUGAUCUCACACUUUGUUCUCAUCCGGGAGUUCCUGCCCGGCAUGCUCAAGAAGAGGAAGGGUCACAUCGUAACGAUCGCGUCGAUGGCCUCCUUCGUCGCCGCGCCGGGCCUGCUCGACUACUGCUGCUCCAAGGUCGGCGCCCUGUACGUGUCCGAGGGCAUCCGUGCCGAGUGCUUGUCGCGCUAUCCGGGCGGCGAGGGCAUCUGCACCACGUCCAUCCACCCGUCGUGGCAUCAGACCGGCAUCCUCAAGGGCGCGGAAAAGGCCCUGAAGAAGUACGGCAUCGUGCCGGACCCGGCCAGCAACGUCAGCGACAAGGUCAUCGAGCAGGUCCUCAAGGGCCGCAGCGGGCGCAUCACCGUGCCGGAGAGCGAGAAGGGCAAGAUGAGCCUGCGAGAGUACCCCAUGUGGGUGCAGGACAUUCUGUACGGCUACGUGUGGAAGCCCAAGGGCCGCUUCCAGUUCGGCAAGGACGACGACAGUAAGUUGGUCUGAGCCGAGCCGGCGAGGCGAUCGGACCCAGCUGAUGUGUUGGUCCGUAGUCGACUUCAGGCAACGUCGCAAUCAUCGCGGCGAGCUGGUCUGAGUUGCGGCUGGGCUUGUUCUUUUGUAUAGACCAGCGUACAGUCGCAUCACACAGACUACUUUUUUUUUUGUUCUCCUUUUCUUCUUACUCGCUUAUAAGCACGCUGCUACUGUGGGGACUUGGCUGAAUUUUGCGUUAAUAGAGUUCGGAACAUGGACUAGGCAGAUGUGAGAACAAAAUUGAAUGACCAUCCGUCGUGCACUCAUGCACUCAAGGAAAGGGUACACGCACUGUUUUUCUUCACUUCCGUUUGAUAGCCCUCUCGAUUGAGCCCCUCAGCGUACUUCAAACAUAGAAAGGAGAGAGAAACUUACAAUGAGCAAAUCAGAUGAUAUUCGUGGACGAAACGAG